AAGAAAGCCUUUAAUAUGACCAAACUCUUGAUUACAUUGGCCACAUGUGUCAUCGAAAACUACCGACAUGCAUUUAUCUACACAAAUUAUACUAUGCUACCUCUUUACUUCACAUAUUACCCCAUGUUUUGAAAUUCGUUUGCUUCAUUGAUACAGACAUUGAUCCAGAUAUUGUUGACAUGGCGACGACAGACAGCGUACAAGGUGUGGAUGACGUCAGGAGAGGAGCAGCAGGGGGUUCUGCCAACAGUGUUCUCACCUGGCAAGGAGGAAGAUGUGAGGAGUCUGGGGAAGAGUCCAGCUGGCGAGGCAAGGGUGUGAGGGUGUUCAGGUGUGAGGAGUGCAGCAGGCAGUUCAGUCAGCUGGGUAAUCUGAAGACACACAUGCGGACUCACACAGGGGAGAAACCCUACAGGUGUGAGGAGUGCAGCAGGAAAUUCAGUCAAAUGAGUGGUCUGAAGAGUCACAUGCAGGCUCACACAGGGGAGAAACCUUACCAGUGUGAGGAGUGCAGCAGGCAGUUCAGUCAGCUGGUUCGUCUGAAGACUCACAUGCGGACUCACACAGGGGAGAAACCUUACAGGUGUGAGGAGUGCAGCAAGCAGUUCAGUCAACCAGGUGAUGUUAAGACUCACAUGCGUACUCACUCAGGUGAAAAGCCUUACAGGUGUGAAGAGUGUAGCAGGCAGUUUAGCGUGCUGGGUAAUCUGAAGACUCACAUGCGAACUCACACUGGUGAGAAACCUUACAGGUGUGAGGAGUGUAGCAGGCAGUUCAGUCAGCUGGGUGCUCUAAAGAGACACAUGCAAACUCACACAGGGGAGAAACCUUACAGGUGUGAGGAGUGUAUCAGGCAGUUUAGUCAGCUGAGUACUCUGAAGACUCACAUGCGGACUCACACAGGUGAGAAACCCUACAGGUGUGAGGAGUGCAGCAGGCAGUUUAGUCAGCCGAGUACUCUGAAGACUCACAUACGGACUCACACAGGUGAGAAACCCUACAGGUCUUAGAAGUUUUAGGAGGCAGUUCUGUCAGCAGGUUGUUCUGCAGAGACACAGUGCGGACUCAUGUAGGAGAAAAAUACCUUUCAAGUGUGAAGAUUGCAGCAAGCAGUUUGGUAUGUGGUGUGACCUGAAGAGACACAUGCAGACUAUCGGGUGAGAAACCCUACACGUGUGGGGAGUGUAGCAGGCAAUUUAGUACGUUGAUUAAUCUGAAGACUCACAUGAUGAAAACCCACCCAAAUGUAGCGACUCCUUUUGCAUACUGUUAAGCACAACAAUUUUUUUUCCAUGAGGUCUUCUGGUGCACAAUGUGAUAACUGUAUUGAUGUUAGAGGAGCAAGCAGAAUAAUUUGUGCACGAGACUUUUUUUUUACCAGUGUAGGCAGUUAACCAGAAAACCAUCAUGUGAUGCCAAGACGAAGUUAAAGAAGUAUUUUUUUUUUCCUUUCUGCAUUUUUGGUAUAUGCAUCUCCUAAGUGACAAGUAUGUUACAUCUUAACUGUAUCUUUAUCCAUUGCAGUAUGAAUGCAAACCAAAACAAGUUGCACCUUUGAAGCAAAACGUUAACAGUGCACACAACAUUAUCUACAUCUUUAUUCUUGAACAGUAAGAGGAGAGAGUUAGUUUAGAGAAGUUCUAUAGCUUGUUGAUUCCUCAUAUUGUAACUUUAUAUAUGUUUACUUUUGUUGGUUUACUGGGUACAUUUGUCUGAAUUAAUAAUCAAUAUGUUUCUGAAGUGUUCAUUAAUAGACAGCAGUUGAUAUCAACUUUCAUUAAUUUCCCUUUAGUUUAACUAACUUGUAUAGUUCUUAUUUUAAGUUUUAUUUGCAUUUAUAUUAUUUUGUUUGUUUGCAUAAAUAAUCUACAGAAACGUUUGAAAUGACAGGAAUAGUACGCCACAAAUAUGAUGUAAUGGUUCUUUCUCUGAGUCAGCUAAAAGAUGAGAGAUCCAGCGAGAAUGUUCAGUUGAAAAGAAAAAAAAGUUUAGAGUUUGUUGAUUCCUAAACUCGUUUUGUAGAUCAUUUUGAUAUAGGGUAUGUGUUAUAGGUUAAAUAGUUUUAUUACAGGUUAAAGGUUGAAUAGUUUUAAAGCUUAUUUUGUUUAGUUAACGAAGUGGUUCUAGUUAUCAUAGGUUGAAUGUUAGAUAGCUCUACGGGUUAGUUUGUGAAGUUUGCUAGGUAUUUGACUGACAUAUUCAUAACCUAUAAUUUGAUGAGGAGUUCACUAAAGCCAGUUGAUGAUAGCUUUUUUUUUUUAGCCAGAUAUCCAGCCAUAUUAUAGCUCCCGAAUCUCUUCUGCCCUAUCCGCAAGUGCAGAGAGCUAGGGCAGAAAAGAUUUGGGAGCUAUAAUACGGCUGGAUACCAGGCUAUAUUUUUCUGCCAUGUUUUGAUAUGUUGUACAGCACUUA